AUGCUGUCGUUAUCGGAGCUGGAAGCUCGAUCAUCCAAGGGAGUCCCCUCCCUGGUCGAGUUGGCCCGCAAAACAUGCCAGAGGCACAGUCAUCAAAUCCAAGAUAUCGGCGAUACGCCCUACCACUUGGUGGAGCCCAUUCUCCGCAAGUUCAAGUGCCGCCAAAUGCUCCACAUUGAGUCCAUCUCUCCACAUAUUGCACGCGACUCGGAACCAGUAUGGAAGCACUUCAUCGGUCGCGACUUUUCUGACCGCCCAUUACCAAAAAAGAACUUCAAGGAAACAUACCUGCGCUACCAGGAGGAAAAGGAGACUCGUUUGCGCGAGAGCAGUAAUCGGCUCAAACGAAACAUUGCACGUGAACAACAACGCAAGUCGGAAAUCAUGAUCACCCAGUUGGACGUGGACCCGCGGGCUGAGUCAUCUCAGCGACGACAAUACAUUCAGCGAGCAAAGUCGUCUGUUGUGGGUCGAUUGCGACUGGAAAUGCGUUCCAAGGGCAGCAUGUUUUCCCCCAGCAACCCCACAUUUCUGGAAACGAACCGCAAGUCGUUUUUCGACCGCACAAACAGAAACCAACCACGUGACCCUACACGUGACCCCCAGCCCUCUGCGGGUCGUGAUACCGUCCGCGUCAAUGGAGGCUUCAAUUCGGACCACCGCAUUUCGUCCAUUCCGGUUCCUGUUGAAGCCAUGAGCACCACAUCCUUGAAGCGACCUCUCAAACGGCCCACUCCCAUGCCCAAAACAAACGCCAUUGGACACUCGAGCGGCAGCGCCUCGCCUACCAAGGUGCAGCGGACAGAUAUGGGUAUUUUCAGGCGUGGGCCUGGACCCGAGACUGCGCCAGUCGUCACUUCGACCACUCCACCACAAUCUCCUCCCCCAAUCAAUCGGCACGUUUCCCCGCCUCUGCCACCCGCGCAAGCGCCUCCCCCGCCAUCUGUACCACCACUAACCAGAGCUUCUCCUCCGCCUCGGCGACAGAAACCCAGCUCGAUAUUUAUUACUAGAAAAAAGUAG